AUGGGCAACCAAGUGAGCUCCCCGGCUGGUGAUGCAGCUGCUACUCAGCAUGGCGGCUGUCCGGUGCAGCGUGAAGCUGCCAAAGCGGCGACUGCAGCAUGCCCCGUAGAGAAUGAUGCGGAGAAGAAGGGGGGAUGUCCCGUGCAGCACGACAAGGGGCCGUCGAUGGCCGACGUCAUGGCUAGUGGCUGCCCGGUUGGAAGCGAAAAGAAGGAGGACCACGAGGUUUACAAUGUGUAUGGUCAACGCAUUGACCCGAGCAAUAUGAUACCGCACAAUCCAAAUCAAGAACCCAACGAGGAGCAGCGCUAUCCACUACCUCAGGAUCGCGUGCAGUCCACUAUUCCAAAGGGUGGCGCAGAAGGCACGUGGCUCUAUCCAUCCGAGCAAAUGUUUUAUAACGCACUGAAGCGAAAGGAAAAGGGAGAUGAUGUGCAUGAAGGCAACGUACGAGCCAUUGUGUCCAUCCACAACAACAUGAACGAGCGUGCUUGGGCUCAGGUGGAACACUAUGAGAAGGUGUGCCACCCCGACCUUGAUGGCUCCAAGCUGCUCAAGUUCUGCGGUCGCCCGGACACGCUCACGCCUAUUGCGUGGGUCAAGUGCAUGCUGGGAUUUGGAACGCCGUUUGACCGGCAUGACUGGACUGUGCUACGUAGUGACGACACACGGGUGCGUUAUGUGAUCGAUUACUACUUCGAUGACGACAAAUCAGCACAUGAUGAAGUUCCUGAGCUGCACUCUGCGGACAAGGUCAAGAGUAUCUCGAUGUAUGCCCGUCCUGCUGUGGACUCGGUGGGUGCACUGGCUGACAGAAUCAAGUAUCCUGUUGCAAGCUUUUUGAACGGCCUCAAGGGCCCUGAUAUCUCUGCUCGCUCUGCACUGGUGGAGCGUGCUCAAGAGAAAAAGCAAGUUUCGGAUGCGCUGUCUGUGAAAGAGGUGGAGCAGACAUUUGCUAAGGUUAAGGACGCGUGCAAAGGCUGUAUGCAAGAGGUCAGGACUUGCAGCAGCGAAGUGCAAUGCUCACAAGCGGCUAUGGCUCUCCAACUCUGCUUGGGCCGCAUUAUCUGCCCGGCAGAGGCAGCAGCUUUCACCAAGGCACUUGAUGGUGGUGACGAGGUAGCAGUCGAGGCAGCAUUCGGCGCAAUGACCAAUGGCUUGGAGCAGUUUCAGGAGCGCGGAGCUGGUGCUAUGCACGAGCAAGCUGUGCGCGAGUCGCUUGCCAAGAAGUAA